AUGGGCCAGGCUGUCUCUGGCCUCUGGAGGCAGCUUUUCGGGUCAGGAGACUACAAGAUCGUCAUGGUGGGGCUGGACAAUGCAGGAAAAACGACCACCCUGUACCACCUGCACAUGGGCGAGACGGUGAAAACCCAGCCAACCAUAGGGAGCAACGUGGAGCAGGUCAAGGUCGACGCCCUGAACUUUGAGGUGUGGGAUCUGGGCGGCCAGGUCUCGCUGCGCCUCAGCUGGGCGGCUUACUACGCCAGCACGGACGCCGUGAUCGUCGUGAUUGACUCCACUGACCGCGCCCGCAUGGGCAUCGCCCGCCAGGAGCUGGCAAACAUCCUGGCCAGCCCCCAGCUGGCAGGGGCAUGCAUCCUGCUGAUGUCUGUAAUCAACAAGGACGAGAACAAGACCUUUGGCGCGACCUUCCGCACCCCCGUGGAUGACUCCAAGGGCACGCCCCACAUUCUGGAGCACUCGGUGCUGUGCGGGUCGGACAAGUACCCCAUCAAGGAGCCGUUUGUGGAGCUGAUGAAGGGCUCCCUGAACACUUUCCUCAACGCCUUCACCUACCCUGACCGCACCUGCUACCCUGUGGCCUCCGCCAACCUGCGCGACUUCUACAACCUGGUGGACGUCUACCUGGACUCGGUGCUGCACCCCAACUGCGUGAGCGACCCCCAAAUCUUCGCGCAAGAGGGCUGGCACUACGAGCUGGAGGGCGAGGCCGAGCCCUUGACGCUCAAGGGCGUGGUGUUCAACGAGAUGAAGGGCGUCUACUCCUCCCCGGACUCGGUGAAUGCCCGCGUCACCCAGGCCGCCCUUCACCCCGACAGCACCUACGCCAAGGACUCGGGCGGCGACCCCGAGGCCAUCCCCACCCUCACCUUUGACGGCUUCAAGGCCAGCUGCGCGGUGUCCGGUGAGGGCCUCAAGGAGGGGCUGCAGUGGAUCGCGCGGCAUAUCAAGGCCCAGAACACCUCCAUCUUCCCCUCCCUCCCGUCCUUGACAUGA